UCUUUUCCCUGUCUUAAUAAACUCGUCUUUGCUUCUUCAUCUUUCAGAGACAAGCACCAAAUAAAUUUGGAGCAAACCAUAGCAGAAGAAAAAGGGUACCCCUGUGGAGGACCAAGAGAAAUAUUAUCUAUCCCAAAACAUAUACAUAUACAUUUGUGUAAAGGCGGUGGUGGGCAAAAAGAGAGGGUGAAAUGCUAGCUGAAGCGAAGGUGGGUGGUGAAGACUUGAACUUGUGUUUUGAGAAGCUGAUGAUGGUUGCUGCUGGAAAUAGUGGUGAGGGAGUUAAGAUGGAUGGUCUGGUGAUCACAGAGUGGAAAGAUAUUCCCAUGGAGCUGCUGUUGAGAAUUGUUUCUCUAGUCGAUGAUCGGACUGCGAUUGUUGCAUCUGGUGUUUGUAGUGGGUGGAGGGAUGCCAUUUGCUUGGGUCUCACCCAGCUCUGUCUCUCAUGGUGCAGAAAGAACAUGAACAAUUUGGUUCUAUCUCUUGCUCCUAAAUUCACCAAAUUGCAAACUCUGAUACUGCGCCAAGAGAACCCACAGCUUGAAGACAAUGCUGUGGAGACUAUUGCAAAUUUUUGUCAUGAUCUGCAGGACUUGGACCUCAGCAAAAGUUUCAAGCUUAGUGACCGCUCAUUGUAUGCGUUGGCCCAUGGUUGUCCUAACCUUACAAAACUUAACAUUAGUGGCUGCACAUCUUUCAGUGAUGAAGCUCUUGAAUAUUUGACUAAUUUUUGUCGAAAACUGAAAAUAUUAAACCUUUGUGGAUGUGUUAAAGCUGCUACUGACCGUGCAUUGCAGGCUAUUGGACAAAACUGCAACGUGUUGCAAUCUUUAAAUCUGGGAUGGUGUGAGAAUGUUGGUGAUCUAGGAGUGAUGAGUCUUGCAUAUGGAUGCCCUGAUCUCAGAUGCUUCGAUUUGUGUGGAUGUGUCCUCAUAACAGAUGAUAGUGUGAUUGCUUUGGCAAAUGAGUGUCUCCAUUUGAGGUCACUCGGCCUCUACUAUUGUCGCAACAUCACAGACAGGGCGAUGUACUCACUGGCUCACAGCCGAGUGAAGAACAAGCCUUCAAUGUGGCAAUCCAUGAAGGGCAGAUAUGAUGAGGAAGGUCUUAGAAGUCUCAAUAUAAGCCAGUGUACUGCACUUACUCCUUCAGCUGUUCAGGCAUUAUGCGAUACAUUCCCUGCUCUUCACACCUGCUCUGGAAGGCAUUCCCUUGUUAUGAGUGGCUGCUUGAAUUUAACAUCUGUGCAUUGUGCUUGUGCUGUCCAAGCACAUCGCCAGAUGGACAGUAUUCCCCAUACAGCUCAUUGAAGGGGAUGUUAAUGUUGAUAUUGUAAGUAAAUGUACUUAUCUAAGGGCUUAGAGGCACUAGAUUUCCUUGUAAAUAGGAUUUUGUUGAGAAGUAUAUAUUUGUUAUAUCGUCGGACAUCAUGGACUGAGAACACUUUGGACUUGUAA